AUGGCAUUACCACGAAGCCUCAACGAGCCUGAUGAUCAGAUCAUCAUCGCGCUAGAUUUUGGAACCACGGCAAGACAGUUUGCUUUAUACAGCGGCAUUGCUUUUGCGUUCAAAACCGAGACCAAGCCGGAAUUGAUUUCAAUCCUCGACUGGCCGGGCCUUGAGAGUGAAAAGCAGCCGAAAGUCCCGACGGUCCUCAGCUAUGAUCGCAAGGAUCCUCGGCAGUAUAGUUGGGGGGCGCAACCUCACAAGCACGAGAAAAUCGAGGCGAUCAAAUUGCUUUUGGACCCCGACCAAAGCAAGCCGAUCUAUGUCCCGACAACGAAUACUCGAGCGGAGAUCACCAAACUCGGGAAACCACCGGUGGAAGUCGCGGCAGACUAUAUACGCUCAAUGUAUCAACAUGCUUGGGAGCGGAUUGCCACUAAGGUUCCAGAAAGUUAUCUCGAGAAUGACGUGAGACCGAAGUUCGUAUUGACCGUUCCAGCUGUAUGGUCGGACAAGGCCAAAGCUGCCACAGAGCGUGCGGCGAAGCUCGGAGGCAUGUUUCCCGUGACUCUGAUCAAGGAACCGGAGGCAGCUGCCCUGUAUACGCUGCAUCACUUGCAGGACCGUGGCUUGGAAGAGGGAGAUGCGCUGGUCAUUUGCGAUGCAGGAGGAGGGACCGUGGAUUUAAUCUCGUACGAGUUCCUUCGAACCAAACCCACGCUUGAGCUCAAAGAGCUUGUGCCGCCCAAGGGUGGUAUGGCCGGCUCCCUCCAGCUGAACAAACGAUUCGAAGACCAAGUGAAGAUGUUGGUUGGAGAGGACCAAUAUUAUCACCUUCGCAAAACCCGAGCAUACCAGGAAGCCGUGACAUUCUUUGACAGAACGGUCAAGCGGGGCUUCCGUGCCGGGAAUGAGGAUAGCUGGUAUGUCAACUUCCCCAUGGCGGAUCUGAAGGACGACCGGAGCCAGAACCUGAAGCGAAAUACCUGGGAGUUGAAGAGCUCCGUGGUUGAAGAGAUCUUCAGACCCUUGAUCGAGGACAUUGGACGAAUGGUAGACGACCAGGUCAACCUCGUACAGAAGAAGCGCCUUGCCGAAGGACACAGGAAGGGCGACGAGGUCAAAGCGAUCUUCCUGGUUGGCGGGUUUGGUGCCAGCGAAUACCUCAAACAAAGCAUCCAGAGUCGUCACCCGGACAUCCAGGUAAUCCAGCCGCAUGAUGCGUGGUCUGCUAUCGUCAAAGGUGCUGUCCUAAGCCAGCUGCCUCACGAGACCGUGGUCAAGUCUGUUGUCUCCGCAAGGCACUACGGUGUCUCUGCCCAUACGGCGUAUGAUGAGGUGCGGGAUGCGGGGCAGUACUGUUGGCACGAUGCUUCAUUGGGACACAAAAGGGUGAACAAGAUGACAUGGUAUAUCGAGAAAGGCGAGGACCUGGAAAGGGACAAUAAGAUUGUCUUUCCCUUCUUCCGCCGACUCCCCGAAGGAUUUCGGGAUACGCAGCUUGUUUUCACCGACGCCUUGUAUUCGGAUGAUUCUGCUAGAGCAAACCCAUAUCCGAAAGAAGGGGCCGUGCAGAAGAAUUGUAUGCUGACGGCGGAUCUCCGUUCAAUUGACAGGUCCUUGCUGCAGAAAAAGAUCGGAGCGGACGGGAAGAGCUACACUGACGUCAAUUAUGACUUGGUGGUGACGGUCAAAUCUGCGCAGAUGCGUUUCUCCUUGGAAGUCAAGGGGAGGGAGUUCGGAAGUGUCAAUGCGAAGUAUGAAUGA